UCCUUCACCUGCCUGGCCGGGAGUAAACAAACAGUUAAACGUCAAGUGACAGUGUUUCCACAACGCUCAUACUUGCCAUUUGUGGGAUAUUAAAAGAAGUUAAUAUAUUUGAAAGAGUGAAAUUAAUCCAUAUGUAAUUUAUGAUUAUUUUGAAUUACUUAUAAUUAAUGACAAAGGGUAGGAUUUUCAAUUUAAAUAUACGUAGUGUAAAGUAAAUGUUUGACAACCAAGCACUGUGCCACGUACCCUCUAACACACCAGCAAGUGUUAGGUCGUGUUACCUUCGGCGGUAUAUUGGAAGAUCAUUGUUAACGGUUCUCUAGUCAUCAUGGCAGAAGAAUCUCCAGUUAAACGAGCCCUGUUGACUGGUAUUACAGGUCAGGAUGGGUCAUACCUGGCUGAGCUACUGCUGAGUAAGGGGUACCAAGUACAUGGUAUUAUUAGGAGGUCAUCCUCCUUCAACACCGGCCGCAUCCGUCACCUGUACGAGGACGCCAAGAUCCACAGAAAUGGCAGGAUGACUCUCCACUAUGGUGACUUGACAGACUCUACCUGCUUGGUCAAGAUCAUCUCACGUGUACAGCCUGAUGAGAUAUACAACCUUGGUGCUCAGAGCCAUGUUAAGGUGUCAUUUGAUUUGGCUGAAUAUACAGGAAAUGUUGAUGCUAUGGGAACACUACGCCUACUUGAUGCCAUUAGAACUUGUGGCUUAGACAAGAAAGUAAAAUUCUAUCAAGCGUCCACAUCUGAACUCUAUGGAAAAGUUCAAGAAAUUCCACAGAAGGAGACGACUCCAUUUUACCCAAGGUCCCCCUAUGGUGCUGCCAAACUGUAUGCUUAUUGGAUAGUAGUGAACUAUAGAGAAGCAUAUGGUAUGUAUGCCUGUAAUGGAAUUCUCUUUAACCAUGAAUCUCCGAGAAGAGGAGAAACGUUUGUGACACGCAAGAUCACUCGAUCUGUAGCAAAGAUUCAUUUGGGACACUUGGAAAAAUUUGAACUUGGAAAUCUGGAUUCUCAGAGAGACUGGGGACAUGCAAAGGACUAUGUUGAGGGUAUGUGGCAGAUGCUUCAAUUGGAUGAGCCUGAGGACUUUGUGUUAGCCACAGGGGAAGUUCAUUCUGUCAAGGAGUUUGUAGAGGCCGCUUUUAAUGAGAUAGGGCAAGAGAUCUACUGGGAAGGCUCGGGCGUGGAUGAGAUAGGCAAGGAGAAGGGCACCGAUGUUGUCAGAGUGACUGUCAACCCCAAGUAUUACCGUCCAGCAGAAGUGGAGUUCCUACAAGGUGAUCCCACCAAAGCCUUCAAGAAGUUUGGUUGGAAACCCACCUUCACCUUUGAUGCACUUGUCAAGGACAUGGUACAAGCAGAUAUAGAGCUUAUGAAGAAAGACCCUAGUGCCUAAAGUUGUACAAUGGUGCAGCUGCUUCCUCAGGAUGUGCGUGUUGUCACUGCUUCAACCGAGAGGUUUAUGUAAUGUACCUUGUGUUGUGUUGUCAAAAUGCACUUUUUGAGUGAAGAUUAUGUUUUGGGUUUUUAUUUGUGAAAGGUUGUAAAUGCAAGUCAAUAGUUUUACAGUAUUUUGUGAGUGAAGUAUUAUAUUUGUUGCUGUGUUACAUCAUGCAGACAGGUACAGUACAAAAAUUCCUCAACUUAUGAAGGAUUCUCUUGCUGAAAAGAAAGCAUGAAUUGAAAUUUCAUUAAUCAAAUGUUCCUAUGAAAAGAAUUGCCCCAAAUUUUUCAUUUGGUGACAUAUAAGACAUUUUUAAGGACUUAUUUAAUGAUAAGGAAUACAGUAUUUAUAUUAUAAACUACUGGUAAUAAUAAUAUGGACACAUAUCAAGUUUAUUUACUGAAAUUGAAAAGAAUACAAUACAAACAAGAAUAUAUUGUGGUUGAUGUCUGGUAUGUUAAAACAGUAUAUAAUGUAAGUGAAUAGCUCAGUAGUUAUUGAGAGGCUGUGGCACUGUCCGUCUUACACAGUGUGAGGCCUAACCACAUGUUUUUCAUUCCACAGUUACACCAGUCAAUGUUCUUGAUACAUAUUGUACCUUUUUGCUUGUACUGGAUGUGAUUAUUAGUGUAGGUUUUGCUGACUAUUGAAUGCUACAGUACUGUAGCAGUACCCUCACUAAUUUGAGAUUCAGAAUUUGAUGUUUUUGGAUGCUUUUAUAUUUUCACCCAAGGUAGAAUUUACGAAAGAUUUUGUGACUUUGGAAGUAAAUAUUGAAUUAGUCCAGAAAUCUUGAAAUAACUCACGUGACUUUCUUUAUGUAAUGGGAGAUGUGUUCCUUUGAAAAAGAAAAAAUCUUCCACUCAUCUUGUGUACUAUUCAGUUCUUUAAUGAUUUAAACGUGAAAAUUAUAAUGAAAAAUUGACCGAUGCAUAUGAAACGAGAUUAAAAAGGAGCAAGGUAUGCUUGUAAACAAAGUGGAAUAUUGUAGUGUAUGAAGAACAAUGUGAAAAUUGUAGGACACACACAGUACAGAUCUGUUAUAUUACAGUAAUAUACAUUAUUAUACAGGUAAUAAUAAUAAAAAAAAUUAAUGCAACAUUAUUAUAUUAAUGGUACAUUGCUCAUACAGUGUCCCUCAGAGGCAUCAGUAGCAGUACCAUUGCUUGUAAUAAUCCCAAAGAACCCCAUCACCCCAUGGAAUCUUGUGUUGGCAUUAUGCCUAAGACAGUGUGAGGUUUUGUCAUGUUAGGCUUCCCAUUAUUGAACAUUAAAGCACAUGUCCUGUAAAAAUCACAAAUUUCUCUCUAAUAGUGAGGUGAGUUAAGGCAAGGAUCUAGAAUUGUGAAGUAAUUUCAAUGUGUUGGGAUAAAUUGAUAUUUUGAGCUGGCUUAAUCAACCCAGAGCUCUGACAAAUUGAAUUAGUGAGGAUUCACAAUAUACAUUGAUCCCUCGGUUAACGAACGCCUCGGUUAACGAAAUUUUGGUUAACAAACUACCUUCCAUAAGAUUCUUCACUUCGGUUAACGAAAAAAUUUCAGUUAACGAAUUCCUUACGAAUUU